AAGCACAAGAAAGAUGAAGAAUGUUAUGGUGAUUAUUGACGAGAGCAACUCAAGUUAUGAUUUACUCAUUUGGGUCCUUGAAAAUCUAAAAGAUACCAUUGAGAGCUCCAAAGUUUUGAUCUUUGCACAACAGCCACAAAAUUACUUUACCCCACCUAUCGUACUUUCUUCAUCAGUGGGCUUUGCUCAAAUUUUCAAUCCGUUUUCACCCAAAGCAGAACUCAUAAGACUGGCUCAAGAAAAGAAUAUGAAGAUUGCUUUGGGUAUUUUAGAGAAAGCCAAGAAGAUAUGUGGAAAUCAUGGGUUUAAAGCGGAGACAUUUACUGAUGCCGGAGACCCGAAAGAUCCAAUCCGCAAGAUAAUUCAAGAGCGAAAGAUCGAUUUGUUAGCUAUGAGUGAUCACCAAACCCGAAAUCUCAAAAAGUGUUUACACAAUACAAACUGUUCUCUCCUCGUCGUGAGUAAAGGAUUUCGCAAAAAU